UCGCUCCGCCAGUCCGGGUGCUCCACGCUGCCGGUCCGCCUCUGCCCGUUCCGGCGUGCUCUGCGCCCCGCCAUGCUCGGUGUCCGGGUGCUGCUGCGGCUGCUGCCGCCGCUGCUGCUGCUGCUGCUGGCCGGACUGACCCCUCCGGCGGCCGGCUCCCUGUGCUUCUGUGACCGGAAGGCGUGUCCCACCGUCACCUGUUCCGAGGGACGCUCUCCGGUGCCCGACGACUGCAACUGCUGUCUGGUGUGUGGCCAGGCCGAGGGCGAGCGCUGCGGAGGCAACCACGAGCUGUACGGACGCUGCUCGGAGGGACUCGAGUGCCGCCGCCGGCCACCGGGGCUGGGCCAGCCGAUUGGACAGGCGACUGAGGGGGUCUGCACUGGUGAGUACCGAGUGCGCUCCGUCCCGCGCCUCUGAGCUUCCUAC